AUGCAAAUGAACCAUUUAGUUUUAUUUUCCACCAUUUUGUUGAUCUCCGUCUUUACAAAUUCAUCCCCUGUUGAUGUUUUAAGAGGAGAACAAAUAAUAAAAGAUGGCAGCACAAUUGUGUCAGCAGAAGGUGAAUUUGAGCUUGGAUUUUUCAGCCCCGGGAGUAGUACAAAACGCUACGUGGGUAUAUGGUUCAAGAAAAUAUCGUCCGGGACGCGGACGACUGUAUGGGUGGCCAACAGGGAUGCACCACUGAAUAACACUUCUGGUGUACUAAAGAUUGAUUCCAAGGCAAUUUCACUUUUUAGUAAUGCUAGUAGUACUGUUAUAUGGUCAUCGAGUUAUUCAAGGCCUGUCGACAGUCCAGUGGCUCAGCUGUUGGACAGCGGAAAUCUUGUUAUCAGGGACGAAGAUGAUGGCGGCCUAGAGAAUUCUGUAUGGCAGAGUUUUGACUACCCUGCAGAUACCAUUUUGCCUGGUAUGAAAUUUGGAACUGAUUUAGUGAGGGGCUUAAGGUGGGAACAUUCGUCGUAUAAAAGUGCUGACGAUCCAUCUGCAGGAAGUUUUGUACAUCGAAUUGAUAUCCAUGGUUUUCCUCAGUUUCUGUUGUGGAAAGGUUCAGAACUACAUGCUAGGAAUGGACCGUGGGUUGGGAAUCGGUUUAGUGGUGAUCCAGAACCAAAGACGAACAAUAUUUACAUGAAUGAAUUUGUUAUUGAGGCAAUGGAGAUAUAUUAUGCAUUUCAUCUUCUUAAUAAAAGUUCUACUACACCUAUCACAAGGUUAACAUUGACUCCAAAUGGUAAAUAUACAGCGUCUGGUAUGGAAUGA